AUGUUUACUCUUAAUGCUCAAGGAUAUAUUCCUAUGCCAGAUACAAUAAAAAGAGUUUGGAUAGAUGUUGGUUCAAAUAUUGGAGCAUUCUUAGCAGGAGACUCCGUAUACAGUGCAGUUUAUUGGCCUAAUCGAAUAAAGAAAUCUGCUCGAGAUGAGUUUCGAGAUGCAAAUGAUAUAAUGGGAAUUGCUAUCGAUCCAAAUUCCAUAUACUAUGAAGGUUUAUCUAAAAUUCCUAGAAUUAUACCAAUCAUUGCGGCUAUUUAUACUGUUGAAGGUACACAAAUAUUUUAUGAAUAUCCUGUUGAUGGUUGUAGCAGUUUACUUGAACCAAAUUCUGCUCUUGACCCAAGUUAUUUAGGGGAUAAUGUAAUCAUCGGAUGCCAUCACGUGAAGAAAAUGACUGGAGUUUCGACAAUACGUUUGGAAACAAUACUAUCACUCAUUGAUCCUCGUUUGGACAUUGAAUUCUUAAAAAUUGAUGCGCAAGGUACCGACUUAGAGGUAGCUCAAAGUGCUGGAGCACAACUCAAAAGAAUAGGAAAAAUUGUUAUUGAAACACAAAAACAAGUUUCAAACAAUAAUAAAACAAACAAUUUUUUAUAUAAAAACCAAAUUUCUGCUCAAGAGAGUGUGAAAUGGAUGGCCGAACAUGACUUUAUAUUUGAUGAAAAGCAAUCGUUUCCAAAUAAUUUACUGAUUCAAGAAUUCAAUUAUGUAUUUAAUAAUCGUUACCGUAACAAUACAACAUAA